UAGUUGAUGAGAGAGAAAGGGAGAGGGGGAGAGAAAAAAAAAUCUUGCUGCAGCUAGAGAUCUAGAGAGAGGAAAUGAAAAGGAGAGUGGGGGAAAAGGUGUGUGUGUGCUUGUGAGGAUAAUGGAAGUGGGAGCUGGAGGGAGAUCAGAGGAAAGUAUAUAGGCUGGCCGGCCGGCGUCUUCUGUAGAGAGCAAAAGGGAAAGGAACUUGCAGUUGCAGGAUCUUCUUGGAUUAAUUCCUCUUCUUGUUAUUUGAGAGAGAGAGAGCUGACUAGCUUCAGCAAUUCUUGAGGUAUAUAGCAAACAUAGAGAGAGAAAGCAAGAGCCUGCAGCUGAAUUGAUGCGUGUGUGUGCUUGUGUUGACAUCUGUAUACGCAUGUGCACGGUUCUUUGUUAAAUCACUUGAUGAAGAUGGGCAAAGAAGAGAGGGGCAUACAUUUUCAGUAGAAUUAUUGUAGCCAGUGACGAAAUUUAUAGGUGCCGGCCGGCGAGUCGAUCUCGAUGGCGGCGUACUACCACGGCGGCGCCGGCACGGACAUCCAGUCCGACACCGACGGCCUGCAGACUUUGUACCUCAUGAACCCGAGCUACGCCGGCUACAGCGACGCCGCGGCGGCGGCCGCGCAGCCGGGCGCGGCCAACAUGAUGCUCCUGAACUCGGCGGUGACCUCCAUGACGCCGGUGUCGUUCGGCCACCAGCCGUCGCCGUCGUCGGCGGCGCAGCACUUCGUCGGCAUCCCUCUCCAGCCGCAGGCCUCCGGGUACAACCUGUGGACCUCCGCGGCCACCGGCGCUGACGACAUGUCGCCGCCGUCGCAGCAAGCUCCCGGCGGUGGCGCGGCUGCGGUCAGUGCUGUGCUCAGCCUGUCGUCCCGGGAGGCGCCGCCGGUGACGGUUGCGGCCGUGGUGGCCGGCGACGAGGGGAAGUAUGGGGCGCCUGUGCCGACGACGACGUCGCAGGGGCAGAUGGUGAUGAGCUCCAAGUACCUCAAGGCGGCGCAGGAGCUGCUCGACGAGGUGGUGAGCGUUAGCAAGGGCGUGGAUGACGGGAAGGCCGCGGCGGCGGCGAAGAGCCCAACCUCGGUGAAGAAGAAGGAGGACUCGGAGGGCGUGUCGGGAGGCGGAACGGAGGACGGUGGCGGCGGGGCGAAGCGCAGUGGCGCGGCGCCGCCGCCGGAGAUGUCGACGGCCGAGCGGCAGGAGCUGCAGAUGAAGAAAGGCAAGCUGAUUAACAUGCUUGACGAGGUGGAGCAGCGGUACAGGCAGUACCACCAGCAGAUGCAGGUGGUGGUGACGUCGUUCGAGGCGGUGGCCGGCGGCGGGUCGGCGAGGACGUACACGGCGCUGGCGCUGCGGACGAUCUCGCGGCAGUUCCGGUGCCUGAGGGACGCGAUCGCGGCGCAGGUGAGGGCGGCGAGCCGGGCGCUCGGGGAGGCGGAGGCGGACGGCGGCGGCGGCGGGGGGCGCAGCAUGGGGUCGCGGCUCCGGUACAUCGACCACCAGCUCCGGCAGCAGCGCGCGCUGCAGCAGCUGGGGAUGAUGCAGAGCAGCGCGUGGCGGCCGCAGCGCGGCCUCCCCGAGCGCUCCGUCUCCAUCCUCCGCGCCUGGCUCUUCGAACACUUCCUCCACCCAUACCCCAAGGAUUCGGACAAGAUCAUGCUCGCCAAGCAAACCGGCCUCACAAGGAGCCAGGUGUCGAACUGGUUCAUCAACGCGAGGGUGAGGCUGUGGAAGCCGAUGGUGGAGGAGAUGUACCUGGAGGAGACCAAGGAUCAGGAGGGCGCCGGAGACGAGGGGAAGCCCGGCGGGAGCAAGGGAAGCAACGCUGGUGUCAAUGGCGUCGUCGUCGAUAGUGCUGGGAAGGUGGAGAACAAGGCGGCGCGCGUGGCGGAGAGUGGUGGCGGUGUCCAUGCGUCGCUGCUCGAGCUCGCCGGUGACCACCAGGCGCAGCCGGGGUUCUACGAGGACGACGACGAGGAGGAUGGCGGCGGUGGCGCCGCCGUUCUACAGCAGAAGCUGAAGAAGGCGAGGACGGCGGAGGAGCAGCAGCAGCAGACGGCGGCGUUCCACGUGUCCGACAUGGCCACGCUGCACGCGCAGGCCGCCGCGGCCGCGGCGGCUGCCAGGCACGACGAGGUGAGCCACCGGGAGCUCCUCAUGAAGUUCAUGGAGAGCGGCAGCGCCGCCGGCGCGGGCUCCAGGGACCACCACCACCACGGCGAACACGGCGGCGGCUACUCGCUGUUCGCCGCGCCGGCGCCGUACGGGCAGUUCGGCUCAGAGCAGUUCGCGUUCGCCGGGCACGGCGGCGGCGUGUCGCUCACGCUCGGCCUCCCCCACGGCGCCGACCAGACGACGGCAGCUUCGUUCCUCAUGAGCGGCAGCAAUGCCAGCGACAGCGCCGGCCACAGCGUCGCCGGCGGCGGCGGCUACGACAUGAACAUGCAGAGCACCAAGUCGUUCGCGGCUCAGCUCAUGAGAGACUUCGUGGCCUAG